AUGGGCUCUGCCGAAUCCAAGCAAAUUGAGGGUCGGCUGCUCAGCUCGUCGUUGGGCAAGACCAACUUCAACAAGUCCUUCAACCUCUACUACGAGUCCAUGCACCACGGAUUGAAAUUCGUCAUUGGCGAACACAAGAAUGAACCCUCCAACAUUAUAUCUCUGCCAGGAGGAUGGUACGGCGACUUGAUAUUGUACAGCGGCCCGGACACCGAUUCGGACCCGCUGGCUGCGGUGAAGUAUGGGAACAAAAUGGGGACGUUUGACGAAGUCCGACUACCGCCCAAGGAACCCGGCCAGGGGCUCAUCAAGGAAGAAAUCCGUUGUCACCUCAACGGUAUGAACUUUGCUUAUACCUUUGCGGUGUCGGUGGGCGAGAAUGGGUAUCCCGAGAAAUUCGAAUGGCGAAGCAGCAAGACCGAGGAGGUCAAGGAGCUUGGUGAGAUGUCUCGUGGAUGGAAGCUAGUCCGCCUGAAUCAUGGCGAUGAGAUUGUGGCACAUCGCAACCUCCAAUCUCCCCUCUCCCAAUUGCACGUUGCUGCAAUUGCUCCUCUUUCAUCUGCAUCCUCACAUACCCCCUUUAAUAUGUUCCGGAACGCUCUCCGACAAUCCACGCGUGCCGUGGGCGCCGUCUCUGCUGCCGGCAGAGUCGCCGCGGUGCGAAAUGCCGCACCCGUCGUCGUCACCGGUCUGCAGGCUCGAUCCUACGCCGACAAGGCUUCACCAACUGAGGUCUCCUCGAUCCUCGAGCAGCGCAUCCGUGGCGUCCAGGAGGAGUCUGGCCUCGCUGAGACUGGCCGUGUCCUUUCCGUCGGUGACGGUAUUGCUCGUGUCCAUGGUCUUGCCAAUGUCCAGGCCGAGGAGCUGGUUGAGUUCGCCUCUGGUGUCAAGGGCAUGUGCAUGAACCUUGAGGCCGGUCAGGUCGGUGUUGUGCUGUUCGGUUCCGAUCGUCUCGUCAAGGAGGGUGAAGCUGUCAAGCGUACUGGUGCCAUUGUUGAUGUCCCCGUGGGCCCUGAGCUGCUGGGUCGUGUUGUUGAUGCUCUUGGUAACCCCAUUGACGGCAAGGGUCCUCUUAACACCAAGGAGCGUCGCCGUGCGCAGCUCAAGGCUCCCGGCAUUUUGCCCCGCAAGUCUGUCAAUGAACCUGUCCAGACUGGCUUCAAGUCCGUCGAUGCCAUGGUUCCCAUUGGCCGUGGUCAGCGUGAGUUGAUCAUUGGUGACCGUCAGACCGGCAAGACUGCCGUCGGUCUCGACACCAUUCUCAACCAGAAGCGAUGGAAUAGCGGCAGUGACGAAUCCAAGAAGCUGUACUGUGUCUACGUUGCCGUUGGUCAGAAGCGAUCCACUGUUGCUCAGCUCGUCAAGACACUCGAGGAGAACGACGCCAUGAAGUACAGCAUUAUCGUUGCCGCCACUGCUUCUGAAGCCGCACCUUCAGCGCUCCUUCUCGUCUGGUGGGCGUCCGUCCUGUCUACUACUGUGUUGCUUAUUUCUUGGAGAUUUUUACAUUUCUUUCUGUCUGGACGCCAUACUAACAAUUCUGUUUUGCAAGGAGCGAGUAUUGCCGAGUGGUUUCGUGAUUCAGGCCGCCAUGCACUGGUUAUCUACGACGAUUUGUCCAAGCAGGCUGUAGCAUAUCGCCAGAUGUCUCUGCUGCUUCGCCGUCCUCCUGGUCGUGAGGCCUACCCCGGUGACGUUUUCUACCUGCACUCUCGUCUGCUCGAGCGUGCUGCCAAGCUCAACAAGGACCACGGUGGCGGUUCCAUGACUGCCCUUCCCAUCAUCGAGACCCAGGGUGGUGAUGUGUCUGCCUACAUUCCCACCAACGUUAUUUCCAUCACCGACGGUCAGAUCUUCUUGGAAUCUGAGCUGUUCUACAAGGGUAUCCGUCCCGCCAUCAACGUCGGUCUUUCCGUCUCUCGUGUCGGCUCCUCCGCCCAGCUCAAGGCUAUGAAGCAGGUCGCUGGUUCUCUCAAGCUUUUCUUGGCCCAAUACCGUGAGGUUGCUGCUUUCGCCCAGUUUGGUUCCGAUCUGGAUGCUGCCACGAAGCAGACUCUGGCCCGUGGUGAACGCUUGACCGAGCUCUUGAAGCAGAAGCAGUACUCGCCCAUGGCUGUCAACGAGAUGGUUCCACUGAUCUUCGCUGGUGUCAACGGUUACCUCGAUAACGUCCCUGUCUCCAAGAUCCUCCAGUGGGAAUCUGACUACCUUGCCCACCUCAAGGCCAACGAGGCUGAGCUCCUCAACACAAUUGAGAAGGAGGGUGCCAUCAGCAAGGAGCUUGAGGCUAAGCUCAAGGAUGUCACUCAGUCUUUCAUCAAGAGUUUCCUCGGCUAA